AUGUCGGCACAGUGGCGUACCAAGCUGGGUCGACUACUCGGGGUUCAACUUGAACAGAGGGAGCCUCCAGGACAGGUGGAGCAUCCAGAGCAUCUGAAGCAACCGCCUUCUUCUUCUUCUUGCGAUUUCGCUUCUUCUUCUCAGUUCCAGAAACAACUUCAGAAGGAACAGGGGCCUCAGCAGCCGAAGCUACAACGGGAGGCACCACUUCAUCCUCAUCAGCGGCUUCAACAACCUCUGCAGCAACAGGAAGGUGUUCAAUCACCUCAUCAACAUCUUCCUCAACGGCCUCUACGUCAACGACCGGAGCAACUUCAACAACCUCUGCGACAGCAGGAACUUCAACUACUUCGUCUGGAAGCACAUUUGCUGCACCAACAGACGAAGCGGCUUCAACGACCUCUGCAGCAAGGACUUCAACAGCCACAUCGGGAACUUCCUCAACUGCGUCUUGACAUGGAGCGUCUUGAACAGCCUCGGCAGCAGGAACUUCCACGACUUUCGGAGCCUCAAUGGAUACAGGACUCUUUCGUCCCAGCACAGGUCGAAACGGCUGGCCAUAGUGGCUUUGCGGAACAGGUCUGGCACGGAAAGGUUUAGCCAAUUCCUGAACGGGGGGAGAUGAUUUGAAGGACGUCGCACCGGUGACAGUGGGCGAUUUCGUCUUCAA